CGCCCUCGUUGACCUCAAAGUCUUCCAACAAAUGCUAGCCGCCCAUUUCUUCCACGGCCGUUCCAUCACCGUCCAUUUCCCCCUCCCGGCGCUCGAACUUUUCCACAACCCAUUCCCCUUUAAUUGCACCGCCAAAUUCACACCUCCAUGCCAGUCGCAAAUUAACCAUGGCUAUACGUCUCCUCCUCGUCCUCCUCCUCCUCUCGGCCGCCACCCUCGCCGUCGCCGACGCCGGCAUCGACUCCGACUCCCUCCGCCGAUUUCUUUCCGAUCUCGGCCACACCGUAUCCGAGGACCCCUGCCUCAUCCGGGGCGUGACCUGCGACGCCGGCGGCGCCGCCACCCGCAUCGCCCUCUCCGACGCCGGCCUCGCCGGUUUUCUCUCCCCCGCCGUCGGCCGCCUCCCCGCCCUUCGCGAGCUCUCACUCCCCGGCAACAGCCUCACCGGCGGCCUACCUCGCGAGCUCGCCCGCUGCCGCGCCCUCCGCGUGCUCGACCUCCGCGCCAACCGCCUCUCCGGCGAGGUGCCCCGCGAGCUCGCCUCCCUCUCCAACCUCCGCUUCCUCGACCUGUCCUCCAACCGCCUCUACGGCGACCUCUCCUUCCUCCGCCGCUUCCCCUACCUCGAGAACCUCUCCCUCGCCGGCAACCUCUUCUCCGGCCCCGUCCCCCGUUCUCUCAAAUUCUUCCCCAAGCUCCGCCAUCUCGACCUGUCCAACAACCCCAACCUCAUCGCCCAACCAGCCUCUGACAACUCCCCCGGGCGCCGGAGCCUCCUCCCGAGCCACAAUUCAACCAACAAUUCUUCAUCAACACACAGCAAUUCUUCAAGAAACAGCAAUUCCUCAGCCACCGCCACGGCGCCGGCGCCGGCGCCAUCAUCAUCGCAUCGGCAUCAUCACAGGCACAAGCACCGUGUGCGUAACUGGAUCAUCGGCUUCCUUGUCGGCUCGGUGGCCGGCAUAUUCUCCGGUCUCGCUAUCUCCAUCCUCUUCCGGCUGCUGAUUAACUGCAUCCGGGGCCGGUACAAGAAUCCAGGAGGGCCAUCCAUCUUCAGCCCGAUCAUCAAGCGCGCCGAACACCUCGCAUUCUUGGAGAAGGAGGAUGGACUCGCUUCUUUGGAGGUCAUCGGCCGGGGCGGCUGUGGCGAGGUCUACAAGGCCCAGCUCCCAGGUACGCCGGAGAAACCCGGGAGGGAGAUCGCUAUCAAGAAGGUCAGGAGGAGGACACUUGACAAUACCGAACCUACUGAUGAGGAGAGCAGGCUGCUCGACAAGUGGAUGCGUCAGAUCCGGUCGGAGAUUCGGACCGUCGGCUAUAUCCGUCACCGGAAUUUGCUACCGCUGCUGGCUCAUGUUUCCCUCCCGGAUUGCCAUUACUUGAUCUAUGAGUACAUGAAGAAUGGAAGCCUUCAGGAUGUGCUCAAGGAGGUCUCGGAGGGCCGGCGAGAUCUGGACUGGCUAGCAAGGCACAAGAUAUCCACCGGAAUCGCCGCCGGCUUGGAGUAUCUUCAUAUCCACCACAAGCCUCAGAUAAUUCACCGAGAUCUCAAGCCAGGAAAUAUUUUGCUGGAUGAUGACAUGGAGGCGAGGAUAGCAGACUUUGGUUUAGCCAAGGAGAUGCCUGACGCCAACACUCAUAUAACCACCUCGAACCUUGCCGGGACCGUGGGGUAUAUUGCACCGGAGUAUCACCAGACGCUGAAGUUCACAGCGAAGUGUGAUAUCUUCAGUUUUGGAGUGAUUUUGGCAGUGCUGGUGAUUGGUAAGUUGCCAUCGGAUGACUUCUUCCAGGACACGCAUGAAAUGAGCUUGGUGAAGUGGGUGAGGAACAUGAUGAACUCGUUAAACCCGCGGGCAGCGAUAGAUACGAAGCUGGUGGGGAAUGGGUUUGAAGAGCAGAUGUUGCUGGUGCUUAGGAUUGCUUGUUUUUGCACAGUGGAUGACCCGAAGGCAAGGCCUAGCAGCAAGGAGAUCAGGACCAUGCUGUCGCAAAUAAAGCACCAGUAAUUAAGUUUGGCAGGAAGGUAUUUUACAGCUAGUAGGCAUGAAAAAAGUUGAUCAUGUUUGGCAAGAAGCAUUACCAAGGAGAAAACAAAUGUAUUAUGAUAUAAGUACUCCAUAGACUUUUCGCUACGACUGUAACAUCUAUUAUAUAAAUUAUAUGAAAGUGAAUGCUCCUCACAGUAUGCUUUUCAAUAAAAGUCUCAGUCUGCUCUCAAA